AUUCAUUUGGAAUUGGAGAUAUAAUGACAAUAAUGAAAAUUCUGGAAGUUUUUCUUAUUUCACAAUUUUCCAAAUUCAUUUACCAAAAUUAUCCCACUGUACAACUGCUGCAAAGCUAUAACAAAAAUGUCAAAAACAGCUGAGCGUGUGUCAAAAGCUCCAACCUUCCAGAUCAGAUCCAAUAAAAAGUUUGCCAUUAUUGGACGCGAGAAAGAUAACAUUGAGAAUAUCAUUAUGUGAAACAAAUAGUCAAUUAUCGAUGCGCCCCUUUUGGAGCGAAUAAUAAAAUAAAAUGUAAGCGUUGAUACUAACAAAUCAGACGAAGCUCUCAAACACGUACGUAUAUGAAGCGAGUUGGAUGUGGUAAGGAAAAGCUAGAAGGAACACAUCAAUCCAGAAUUGCGAAAAAAGCACAGAACGGACCGAGAAAUCAGUUAGUCAAAACUCAGCAGAGCAGUGCAACAGUACGGUGCACAUCUUAAUAAGAAUAGCAACACAAGAAGCGAAAUACUAAAAACAAUCUGAAAAUAAAUUACUACACAAUUUUAAACGUGACUAUUUUUUUACAAUUGUGCAAACAUAUCUGCUUGAUAAACCGAUUUUUAAUAUAAAUUUAAUGGUGAAUAAGAAUCAUAAGUGAAGUUUUGACGUACACACCCUCCAUUUCUGUAGGCGUGCUUUGGAAUAGAAAGGACAUUGGCUUAUCGAAGGUGGAGAGGCAGAAACGCAACGUCAUCAGCGUUUCGACACCGAAUACGAUAUUUUCGGCUGCAUUGUGUUUAUAACCGCCUGACUACAUGCUCUUCUUUAUAUAUAAAUAUAUAUUAUAACUUAACUCAAAGAUUUGCUUCGACAAAGUGCCAAAAAGGAGUUCAAUAUCGAGCUUACCAGCUACUGAUUAUUAUACAAAUUACAAAAGGAAGUAUUGCCGACAUUGAAUAAAACGAAAAUUGUAGAAUAUACUAGACUAAAUAGAAGAAAGCGUGGUAAGGAAACCAAAUUAAAAAACGAAAAGUGGAGACUUACGAAUAUAAGUAGUCAUUCACCAGUGAAUUAGUUGUGCUGCAAAGGACACGUAGGCACAACUGAAGGUAGAACAAGCAAUGACACCUACCCAACUUCAUCAUUAGUAUAGCGCAAAAUGCAGAGGUGAAAAGGACAUAUACCACAAAUUAUAAUAUAUCACCGAUCACAAGAGACUGCACACAGCGGUUGAGGGACUAAGAAACCGGUUAUAUUAAAUAAUAAUAUUAAAUUUUAGUGCUUCAAAUUAUUUAUUGAAAAUUUUAUUUAUGUCAGCAAAGUGUUCAGAGAAUCAUCCCACAUAUGAUCACAGUUUUAAUUAAAAACAAUAAAAUUCGAGUGUUCCUUGUGACAAUUUUUAGCUAUAGAAAAAAUUGUUGAUUUAAAAAUACAAAAAUACAAGUGAUAACAAAUAACUGACGUGACUAAACCUUUUGUAUUCAACAACAUUCAGAAGACUAUAAAAGAGCACUAGAAGGAAAAUAUGUAUUUAUUAUAGUUUGAAACCAAAGUUAACAGUGUCACCAAAAAUCGAGCACAAAUUCACUCAUACAGCUGAAAGAGGAGCUACGAAAACUACAAUUCCUUGAAACAUUCACUUCAGAGCAGACAGAAUAACCAAAAAUCAAGAUGCGGUUAUUUCCGGUGCGUUUAUCGAACAUUACAAAAAUGCUCGAUAUGUACUCGCAGUUCAAUCCAUCACCUUUGUCUAUAAAACAAUUUAUGGACUUCGGUCAAAAUGCAUGUGAGAAGAAAUCAUUUAUAUUUCUGCGUAAAGAACUGCCCGUUCGUUUGGCGAAUAUCAUGAAGGAGAUCGCGUUGCUUCCCGACCAUUUGCUUAACACCCAAUCCGUAAGCCAGGUUAGCUCAUGGUAUGUGCAAAGCUUCGAGGAGGUGCUGGAGUUCGAAAAGGCCGAACCAACGCAUAGUAAUUUAGAAAAGUUUUGCAACACUUUGGUGCACAUACGCAAUAGGCACAGUGAUGUUGUGCAAACAAUGGCUCAGGGCGUCAUCGAAAUGAAGGAGCAUCAGGGCGGACCCGUUGAUUGCGGCAUGGAAUCGUCGAUACAAUACUUCCUCGAUCGGUUAUACAUGUCACGCAUUAGCAUACGAAUGCUAAUCAAUCAGCACACUAUACUAUUCGGCCAGUUUCCCAAUGAGCAAGGUCGUCAUAUUGGCUGCUUGGAUCCAGCAUGUCAGAUCUCGUCGGUGGUAAGAGAUGCCUAUGAAAACGCACGCUUUCUCUGCGAUCAAUACUACCUGAUCAGUCCAGAACUGGAAAUAACUGAACAUAAUCCAGACGACACAGCAAAUAGUCCCAUACGCACUGUUUAUGUGCCCUCGCAUUUAUACCACAUGCUUUUCGAGCUGUUUAAAAAUUCCAUGCGUGCUGUUGUGGAAAAUAACGAUCAGGAUAAAUGUGAAAAGCUGCCACCCAUUAAGGUGCUCAUAGCGGAGGGCAAAGAGGAUAUAUGUGUGAAGAUCUCCGACCAAGGUGGCGGCAUUCCACGUUCCCAAACAGAUCAGUUGUUCAAAUAUAUGUACAGCACAGCACCACAGCCAUCAAAAUCCGAUCUACAUACGGUGCCAUUAGCUGGGUAUGGCUAUGGCUUGCCCAUUUCACGUUUAUAUGCGCGCUACUUCCAUGGGGAUAUUGUAUUGUUGUCGUGUGAAGGAUAUGGCACCGAUGCCAUUAUUUAUAUGAAGGCGAUUUCAGAUGAAGCUAACGAGCUGUUGCCCAUUUUCAACAAGACGAGCUCGAAAUUUUAUCCCACCGUGCCCACUGGCGAUUGGUCUAACCAGAGCUCUGACAUGAAUGCCAGGCAGUUGAAUGCUUCGGCACCGAAGCGCUACAAUGAUAUGUUAUAGAACGAGCCUACGAGAGACUCGGCAUAUGAGCAAAGGAAACUAACGGCGGCAGAUGCAGAGCCAGAAAAUCUAUUGAUAUCACAAGCUCAGGAGCAUUUUCUGAACAAUAAGGAAUGAAGAGCAGAGAAAUGGAAGAAAGGGUUGUUGUACAAUAAAGUUUAAACCAAUUUUCGAAUUAAUCAGUUGACGUAACCCAAUCAGCAGAAGCCCUUUAACUUAUCAAAAGGACGAGCAUAUAAAUUAAUCACGGUGUUAUUCAGGAAAUAUUAAAAAUGUUUUUUAAACUGACCACGGCAAUUUUGCAACAAGUAGUAACUCAAAACCCUAAAAGGGGAAAAAAAUAAUGAACAUUUUGCAAUAAGUAGUACGUGAGCGAGAAUUUUAACUAAUCAAGCUGAAAAUUAUGCAACAAGUAGUAAAAAGUUAAAAGGCACACGUGUGAACGAAAAAUAAAAUAAAUUAAAGAAAAUUCAAGUAAAUAUAUCAUGCACAAGUUGGAGAGGUUUAUAGGUUCGUAAUUUAGAAUUAUGUCAUUGCACUAAAAUUAGCCAGCGUUUGACGAAAAGUGCACUCGGUAAUGUUUUGUAAAGCUUGCUUCAAGCGUGUGAGAAUUUGUUUUUGUGCGCAAAUAGUCAGUCACGGUGAUGAUUUCAAUUGCACAUACACAUACAUACAUAGAUACACAAGUACAUUUAUGCAUUUGCAACUCGUAGAAUUAUGUAAGCAAACACAUUUUAAAACGCAUAAAUCAUUAGAAAAAAACAUUCCCCUUAAAUGCCCAUAAACAUUUAUUUACUUAGCACUUUAAUCUCACAUCCAUUCGUAUUUUUUAAGGUGUAAGCGAAAUGAUGAAGAUACUUAAUAAUUUAGGUUAAAAAGUUACCACGAUUGUUAAGUUUUACACUUAGUCUUCACAGAGCAUUUGUUUAGACCGUAAUGAAUUAUAAAUUAAUUUUUAGAAAAAUAUAUGUUGAUGAUGGAUACUGAAUACGGAUAGCAAUAAAAUAAUAUUUAAUGUGGAA